UUGAGGAACAAGUCUAUCUGGCUGCUGGUAUUUUUUAUUCAGUUCUGCUAUUCGUAGAGAGGCGUGCAGUUGUGAUCAAAUAUAAGAGAUCAGUAGAAGCCGGACUAUCACCUAGGAAACAGUUGGGGUGAAUCUUGGAUAUUACAUUUGAAAUAUUCGAAUAAUAGUUGAAGUACCCGCGUUAGAUAAAUAACAACGGUGGCAAACAUGACGACCUCGCUGCUGAACUUGUCUGACGUCACAAGUACAAAAGUGACGUCAUUUAUUUCAACGACGUCAUCAAUGGCACCAAACCUCACUGUUUUGAGUGAGGACGAAAAAUACGAGAUUCUCGUCGAAUAUAACAAUGAAAAGGCGACAUUAUAUAUCCCAGUCAUAGCUUAUAUGCUGAUUUUGACAGUUGUUGGAACAUUUGGGAACAUUCUAGUCUGUGUCGUGUACUGCUGUAAACCAACAAAAACGUCGUCUCAUUUCUUUAUCAUGGCGCUUGCUGUGCUCGAUCUCCUCACGUGCGUGAUCGGAAUGCCAACGGAAAUUACCGAUCUCAGAUAUCCCUACAUGUUUUAUGCUUCCGCCGCCUGCAAACUGCUCCGCUUUGUCGAAUCCGUGACAACAAUGGGAUCGUCUAUUAUUCUAAUCUCCGUUGCAGUUGACAGGUACCUUCGGAUUUGUAAGCUGGGGAGGCAGAUUUCUGUCACUGCGGCCAAGCGGAUAAGCGUGGCGGCCAUGGUUGUCGGCGUUUUGUUGUCAUGGCCGGCGUGCUUUAUAUUUGGACGCUCAACUGAAAAACUCGAACCGGGCAUUUAUGGCGUUGAUUGUUCAACUGACGACUCAAUGCGUAAUACACACUAUCCAAGUUUGUACUACGGUUUUUUGGGACUACUUUUUGUCUGCUGCAUAACAUUUUUUGCUGUUGUGUAUGUACAAAUCGGUCUCAAAAUCUGGAAACAAAAGCGCGCCAGGGUUGGGCAGAGAAUGAAUCGUGAUUCUGGCUUCUCGUCUGGUAAACAGAGGAAGUUCAGCGCGAGCUCCACACGCGACAGUGUGGGGAUGGAACAGAACGGAAAUGUGCCUGAAGAAAAUAACAAGAAGCUCGAACCUCCCAUUGAUAAUGCUUCCGACCCAAUCAGCACUGACAUGUCUUCCGAUCAAGUGAACGAAUCAUUGUCGAAGAAGAAAUGUAUCUCUGAUAAACGGAUUUCAGAAGUGUCGUCUGCUAACUCGAAAUCAAAUGAUGUUCUGAAAAAGCGGACAAUCAAGGUCACGCGGACGACUGUUGUAUUGUUCGCUGUAACUGUCGCUUAUGUCAUAAGCUAUUUACCAUUCUUAAUUCUUAUGGUAUUGCGCAGUGUCAAGAAAGACUUCGAGGACAGUUUGUCUCCUACACAAGAAGUGGUGUUUAAAUUUUGUGUUAAAUCCUACUUCAUAAACAACGCAAUAAAUCCAGUCAUAUACAGUUACUUGAACCUUAACUUCCGUAAGGACGCCAAGAAUAUGAUCAGGCGGAUUGUUGGCGCAUGUUGUUGUUGCAGACGACAGCAGCAGGAUUGACUAUAUGGAAACAGACGACAGGAAAAGCGCUAUUUGAAGGUCUCCUUCCAAGAGAGUGGGCACAGCUAGAGACACAGAGUGCACGUGUUAGGUGCAAUACAGACUAUCAUUUCCGAAAUGCACUUAAAACAAUUGAAAUCCUAGACCUAUUAUUUAAGAUGUAAUUAUUAGUUUAAGAGCACUUAGAGUACAUAUUGUGCUCUGUUUUUAUUAUUUUGUAAGUUGUCGCCGUUAUUCCUACUAUUCCAUUGUCAGUAUUUGGUCAUUGUGUGUAUAUUUCGACUAAAUAUAUGAAAUGAAUAAAACGCAAAAACAA